CGUGAUGUUUUUACAAAUAAACCACACCAUGUCUCUACUAUGUCCCCUUUGCAUGUACAAGGUUUUGAUCUUCUUGAAGGUGACAUUGGAACAAUUGGAUCCAAAAUUUGUUGGACCUAUACCCUUGAUGGGGAAAAGAAGAUCUCUAAACAAAUACUUGAAGCUGUAGAUCAUGAAAAUAAGAUGCUCAUACUUAAAGAAUUUGAAGGAGAUAUAACAUAUAAUUAUGAUAGUAUUAAAGCAACUCUUCAUAUCGAAACAAAAGAUGAAAUCGAUUUGGUAAGCUGGACAUUGAAGUAUGAAAGGCCAAAUGAGAAUGUCCCUGAACUUAUAAGUUUGUUGGACUUGGUUGUUGGUAUGACAAAAGGUAUUGAUGAUCACCAUGCCAAAUGAUGAAUUGAUAAGAUCUAUGUUGCUCGGACUCUUCAAAAAUGUCAUUAGGUGCAUAUCGAAUCCUUUAAUAAUAGUACAUUUUUGAAGGAUCUGAUACAAAUGUGGCAACAUUUUGAAUAGUCCAAGCAACUUAUGAUGGGAUCAUAUAUAAGCAUGUGAGCUUUACAUAAAUAAACUUUGCUUUGUUUGUUGUUUGAAAGUAUGGUAAAAAAA